AUGAUCUUCAACUUGGGUCUGACAGCGAAUGCCGCAGCCGCUCACGAGAGCGAUCUUGCCAACUCCCAGACCGAUAUUCAACGCCCUAGUCCCUCACCCUCUCCAUCCAUCACAUUCGCAAAUUUGCCGUCGCUGGGGAGUAUCUAUAACAGAUACAAAGGGUCGGACAAUUCCGGCUCCCACCAAAGACAACAUCCGCGCGGUAGUAUGCCAACAUCCCCCGUGGAGUCGGUGUCUUCCAUCGAUGCGGAUUAUUCGGCGAUCGGGUCAGGCCUAGGCCGGCCCCGCGCUGCGACUGGAAUUAGUCGAUCGCAAUCAGUUCGAAAAUCAUCGUCACGCCCCAAAACAUCGUACCAACUAGCUCACCCGGCAUCCCAUGCGCGCCACAGGCGAUUGAAGCUGCGUCCCAAGUUGCUUCUGCAGCUUCAACAGGUUUCCCGGACACCGCGCCCGCAACCUGUCCUGGAUGUGUUGCCAUCGACCGUGCACCUGCCCCGAUUAGCCCGCAAGUUCCCUACGAUAUUCCGAGGGAAGAAUGGACUCGGCCCGAAUGAUCUGAUCGUCGUCAAGAGCGACCUGUACCAACGGCCGACGGUGGAUGGCGCAGACAAGCAUGCAGACCAGGACGAAGAUAACAACGAUCAUCGUGAGGUCGUCGCGACCAUCUGCCAACUCCUUAAGGAGGAUGCCCUUUCCAAGGGAAAGGCAGAAAUUUGUCUCAACUAUGGACCGGUAUGGGAAGCGACGCCGCUUUCCAACGGAUCUUACGAAUUCAUGGCCCACACUGACCAUGGAAUUCAGCUCAUGCGAUGGGUUUUGCGUGGAGGAAAGAAUCGCCGGACAUCAGCGCCGCCCGGGUCAAUCCAGCCAGAGGAUAGCAAACGAUUUACGUUCAGCGUGAUCGAUCCCAACACUCGUCGACAUCCAGUCAUCGCAACGAUGACUCGCAACCAUCUUGAAGUGAUGGAGGAAUACUCGAUGCCCGCUCCAUCCAGCGCCCCAUCUACCUCUCCAGUAUCAGCCGCAGUGUCCGUGGUAAGCGAUGGUUCCGAGCUGGACACCCCAUUCGAACGGGAUAUCAUUGCAAUGAACGAUAACCUUCGCACAUUGAUUGUCAUCACCAGUAUCUGGGUGGCGUUUAGGGAGGGCUGGUCUCAUAACUUUCGCUACGACGAUUCAGGGUUGGCAUUAAAUUCGAAGGCUGUCUGCUCGCCUAUGGCUUCUCGCCAUGGUUCCCCAACCACUGCUAGGGCCGAGACUGGCGAAUUUCCAGAGGAGAGAGACAGUUACCCGAACGAGUCUUUGCAAAAUGGAUCCAGACAUCGCAUGUCCACUUCUAACGUCCGCGCGUCCGGAACACCAUCGCCCUCGGAUCGGGUCAAGUCUAUUGCAACGGGCAGUCUGAACAAGCGUUCGAAUUCGACAGGAGCAGCAUUUAUCGAACGAUCCAACCGGCGCGUUUCUGGGAGCGGCAAUCGAUUUCAUCGAAAUAGUCCCGACAAGCCACUUCGGCCCAAUGGUCACGUGCGACAACCCGAAGUAUCUCUCGACAAGGGACUCCCAGACGCAGGGCCCAAUUGCUCAAAGGACAAGCGGCGACGCCGACUGAGCAGUAUAUUCAGUAUCUUUGGGAAGAGAACUGGGGUACAUUGA